AUGAUAUACAGGGCGAUUUUAGACACCUUCUAUCUGACCGAUGAGCAAUUGCACAACUCGCCGUCGAGAAAGGACGGUAUAGAUGAGGCCACGGAGACCAUGCUCAGAAUCUAUGGCUGUGAGUUAAUCCAAGGAAGCGGAAUUUUGCUCAAAUUACCUCAAGCAGUUAUGGCCACUGGUCAGGUUCUGUUUCACCGAUUCUAUUGUAAGAAGUCGUUUGCAGGCUUCAACGUCAAGAAAGUUGCUGCUAGCUGUUUGUGGCUUGCAUCAAAACUGGAGGAGGAAUGCCCUAAAAAAGCCAGGCAGGUUAUCAUUGUUUUCCACAGGGUGGAAUGUAGAAGGGAGAACAAGCUAGCAAUUGAGCCUUUGGACUUGAAUUCAAAGAAAUAUUCGGACAUGAAGACGGAGUUGAGUAGAGCAGAAAGACAUAUUUUAAAGGAGAUGGGUUUCGUUUGUCAUGUUGAGCAUCCUCAUAAGUUUAUAUCAAAUUAUCUUGCCACUCUGGAGACAUCCACACCGCGGGAAUUAACACAAGAAGCCUGGAAUCUAGCAAAUGACAGUCUGCGUACGACAUUGUGUGUGCGAUUCAAGAGUGAAGUUGUUGCUUGUGGUGUAGUUUACGCUGCUGCUCGGAGGUUUCGAGUUCCCCUUCCUGAGAAUCCGCCAUGGUGGAAGGCAUUUGAUGCUGAGAAAUCAGGGAUUGACCAAGUUUGUAGGGUGCUGGCUCAUCUGUACAGCCUUCCUAAAGCAAACUACAUACCAGUCUGUAAGGAUGGAGGAGAUUCUUCUUUUACUAACAAGUCAUGGAAUUCAAUCUCUCAAGAACCACUUCCAAAGGAAAAUAGCCCAUCAGCUAUUGACGAUAAAAGCAAGGAGAGGGAGAAGGAGAGAGACAUAGACAGAUACAGAAGCAUGAGGAUAGAGCAGCAAAAGAUUAGGGGGCAUUUGGAGAAAUCAAGACAUCACAGAGAUCGUGACUAUCACAAUUCCUCCUCUUCUUCACGGGAUGAGGAUCUCCAUAGACAUCAUUCCUACGUUUGA